AGCUGGCAGCGCGCUGCCCUCGCGGGAGGGUGGAAGGAUGGUUCGCGGAAGCCGGCAGGGAUCCCGGCAGGGAAGGCGUCAAGGAAGCCGGCAGGGAAGGCGUCAAGGAAGCCGGCAGGGAAGCUCCGUGCUUCACUCCGAGGCAGAAGGUUCGAGCGCCCCUCCGUCUGCAACUAUUCCUGAACCGUCCACUUCCGAAUCCUCUGGGAGAGGAAAGAAGCGCCUUUCCGGCCCUUUAUCUCAGCUUAUCCUGAAGGCUUUCGAGGGCUCCAGCUCGCGGAAAGGCGUGUCGCUGGCAGCCUUGAAGAAAUUCCUCAGGGAAGGAGGGUACAACCUGAACAGGAACAAAAAUAGCCACCUCAAACGGGAGCUGCAUAAACUGGUAUCGAAUGGGGUCUUGAUCCGCUUAACCGGCAGCGGCGCUUCGGGAUCCUUCAAGCAUGGCGGGAAAGCCCUGCCGAAGAAAUCUGCCAAGCCUGAAACGAGGAAAGUGAAGAAAACGGCGGCUGCCAACAAAAGGCCAGCGUCGGCUAGCAGGGAUCCGAGAAAGAAGGCGAAGAAACAGCCGGCAGUUUCUAAACCAAAAGGUGUCCGAAGUAGUAGAAAGACAGCCGUCCCUGUCAGGAGACGGCAGCUCAACAAGCAUUCAACGGUGAAAGGUUCUUAAAUACUGUACAAAGAAAGCCCAGCAGUUUACUUUAAUAUCUUUAAAAAGGCUCUUUUAAGAGCCACUCAAGACUCGCUGAAAGAGCUGCUGCAUUUCCAGAUUAAAAGCGCGCUGCUUAAAGACCUCUGAAGUGCUUUGCCUAUUAGUGCUGCUUGUCUCCUGACAUCUGGAUUUAUCGCUUCGGUAGUUUUAGAUUAGGUGUAAUCGAAAGGUUAAAUAGGAUGAUGGUACAGGUAAUAAAAACCGAGAGUGCUGUGGUGUGGAAACUCGGGACCUAAAACACUGAAAGUUUGGCUAAUCUAGUAUUAAUCCAUAAAAAUACCUUGUCUAUUGCAUUACUUUUACACAUUCUACCAAAUGAAAAAAAAAAAAACAGAGAGCCACUAUCCAAUUUAUGCCUACCGUAGUUACAGGUACCGUAGGUAGCCGUGUUGGUCUGAGUCAAAGCAAAAUAAAAAAAUUCCUUCAGUAGCACCUUAAGGACCAACUAAGUUUUUAUUUUGGUAUGAGCUUUCGUGUGCAUGCACACUUUCAGAUACACUGAAACAGAAUCAACC